AUGCUUCCUCUCAACUCUGCAACGAGUAUAGAAGCUUUAAGCGGGAUUUGCGGGUCCAUAUCAAUAGCCUGUUGGGUAGUUGUGUUUUCUCCCCAGAUAAUCGAAAACUUUCGACGAAGCUCCGCGGAUGGACUCUCCCUAGAAUUCCUUAUCGUUUGGCUCGCCGGAGAUGUCUUCAAUAUUAUCGGAGCGGUUAUGCAAGGUGUCUUACCUACUAUGGUCAUACUAGCGGUAUAUUACACUAUUGCAGACAUCGUCUUACUUGGCCAAUGUCUCUACUACCGUGGCCUUAGUGUUCCAGAGAUCACCAACCCCCCAGAGCCGGAGGCCACGGAAGCCACAAGAGCCAGCUCUUCGACUUUAAAUGCCACCCAAACAGUACCAUCGUCAGAACGGACACCGUUGCUACACAACGGAUCAGAGAGGGAACACAACGGCUCAAAUGGUAGACCAGCUACCAGACAAAGACGUGAAUCUCAUACUUCAGUCUCUUCGCUGCGGCGCCAUAUUAUGGCCGUUGACGGAACCCAUCUCUCCCCAGCAGUGCCUCUCAGGAAAGAAAUCGUCGAAACCGCACCCCGUCCUUCAUCAACUUUCCAAAUUAUAGCUUUCAACACCUUCAGCAUCACACUCGUUUGUGCUGCAGGAAUUCUAGGGUGGUAUGUCAGCGCCACCACGAGGAAGAGACACCAUAAGGGGCAUGAUCUUCCAAAACAAGACAGCUCGCUCCAAUUCGAUAUUACGGGCCAAAUAUUUGGAUAUCUUUGUGCUUUGUUCUACCUUGCUAGCAGAAUCCCUCAACUACUGCUCAAUUGGCGCCGAAAGAGCACUGAAGGAGUAUCACUGCUAUUUUUCUUGUUUGCAUGUAUAGGCAAUCUGACAUAUGUCCUCUCUAUCUUUGCUUUCUCGCCUGUUUGCCAGGGCAAAGAUGGCAAGUGUCUACCUGGAGAGCGACGAAGUAUAUACGGACGAUAUAUGGCUGUCAAUGCCUCCUGGUUGCUAGGGAGCCUGGGUACUCUGUUCAUGGACUUGGCUAUCUUUUCACAAUUUAUUAUGUAUCGAAAUAAAGAUGAAUCUGACAAUUUCUAA